UCUGCCAUCGUCCAGCGGGACAGCAGCGCGGCCGUGUGAGUGCAUGUCCGCCGCCAGCUCUGCCUGCUCUUUCGUCCACAUGCCUCGACGACGACGUGUCGCGUUGGCAACAUUCACCUCUGUCCGCUGCCACUGUCCUCCGCCCGACUGACCACCGCUCCGCUGCAUCGUGCCCACGGCAGCAACGACCAGCAACGCCCGAUGCCCGCUUGACGUCCUUCCGCUCAAGCCAUCCCCGCUGCGCCGAGUCAACUUCCCUCCCACGGCAGCACAUACUGGCGUGCCCUAGCACAGGCUUCAAGCCAUGCAUGAUGGCCACUCCGAACCCAAUGCCACUGUUGAGCCUGACACAGUAGGCUCACCACCGCCUCCACCCGACCCAAACGUGCACGACGAAGGUGCCGCCGCUCCCAUCAACCCCUCCAACUCGCCCAAGUCCGACGAGCCACUGCGUCUCGAGAGCGAAUCAUGGGACAUCAACAGAAUCAGUGCCAUAGCAGCACUACAAAUGCUGAUUGAUGCCCUCGACUCCCUCUCAAACACUACCGGCGAUGUUCCACCCACUCCACCCGUCUCUCGUCCAGGAACGCCAGGCCCUUUCGGUCGAAUACGACACCAGCGAAAGCCGAGUAGCACCCUUCCUCGAACAUCAUCCUCGCAGAAUCUUCCGAAACUUGAGAUCGGAAGCCCCGAAGCUCAUCCUCAUGAACCCAUCACUGUAGUCGUUGGUACGGGCGUGGAAGACAUAUCGAUACAGCACCAAGCCAUAGCAAGGCGCUUCUUCUCCAAAACCGCUCCCCCAUUCACCAUUGGCCAAUACCUCAAACGCUUUCACCAGUACUGUCCACACUCUCCAGGCGUCUACCUCGGCGCUGUAGCCUACAUCCACCAGCUCUGCGUUUCCGAUCUCGUUGUUCCGGCAACGACCAGGACUAUUCACCGACUUGCCCUGACUGCCAUUCGCGUCGCAGCAAAGAGUCUGGAAGAUAACAAAUGGUCGCAAGAGCGGAUCUCGAAAAUGGGCGGCAUCAGCAACACCCAGAUGAUGAACUUGGAAAUUGCAAUGUGCUUCCUCUUGGAUUUUGAAUUGUACCUGGACGAGAAGAUUCUGGCGAGGAGGAUGUACUUGCUACAAGAAGCUGCUAGGAGAGGGUUCGGCGGGCAAGGAGGGCUGAGUGAGCAGUUCAAGUUGAGGCUGCCGCUCAGAAAGAAGGGGCCCAAGUAGAGUUUGCCUUUGACGAGCCGCAGAAAUGGAUAUUUCUGUGCACGAGGACACCUGGAGAGCAGGCGCUGAUUGCUGCGUUUGUGUUUGAUCGUUGUGGGUGUCGCCAAUUCUUUACAAGAUCCGGAGGGGGUAUUGUGUUGAACAAACUCGUUUGUGAUGUUUCGAAAGAAAAUGCAGGGUGAUCAAGGGAGUACAGCGCGUCAGAUGCGGACAUCCUUCCGAAAAUCUUUGCGACACGGGAACGAUUUUGAUUUGAAGCCGCCUCUGGCAUGAACUUGCAUGCAGGGAGGAAAAGGCGCUGGCGCUGGCGCAUAAACGAGCACGAAAUAGCAUACAGCACUGGGGCGAGGCGUUGCAACUUUGCUUUUGGAGGAUAUCCUUCUUCUCGAUGCAGCGUUCGAAGCAAUAACGGCCGUGUCAGAAUUACUGGAUACCCUCAAGGGCGUUGGACUUUUUUAUUCCGUUAACGGAACACAUUGGCAUUGGACGACAGAAAGAGAGGCACGCAUGCAUUAUGGCAGCAAAUGCCUCGUGGAGUUUCUGGAAUUGAGCAAUCACCUUGUUUUCAACGCGACUUUGGGACUUCUGAAAUGUACGGUCCUUUUCAGAGUAUGCAACGGACGCUGCAGACAUCUCCAGUUGCAGUUGCGAGUAUCGAGGAUGACGAUAGCUAUAAUCAGGACAGAAGUGACAGCAGG